CGCACAUUCACGAGCGAACUUCAAGCGGCGAAACAGAUUUAAGUGCGCGUGCACACGAUAAGCGCGGCCACUUUCACGUUAUUUUUUACGGGAUCGUGUACCGCUGCUCCUAUUAGGCCACGUCAAAAUUCGUUCCGUCGGAAUUAGGGCAACUUCUAGUCUUUCUGGAUGAUCAGGUUGGCGUGAGAGAAAAUGUGAAAAAGGAUGCACUUUGACUGGUUACGUCGGUGCAUUGAGACCGUCUGACAGGACAGAUAGCACUCGGCUCGAGUACUAUUUUUAUUUCAGUUGUUAACCUCGAUCGACACGUUUUACGAAAUGUCAUUCGAAGGAAAAUACAACGCGAAAAGUCCCGCGGUCAAAAGGUUAAUGAGAGAAGCUCAAGAGCUCCACGAAGCUACAGGGGAAUAUUGCGCUGCUCCUUUAGAAGACAAUCUUUUUGAAUGGCAUUUUACUGUACAAGGACCACCAUCCACAGAUUUUGAAGGUGGCGUUUAUCAUGGCAGAAUUUUAUUACCUCCUGAGUAUCCUAUGAAACCUCCAAAUAUUAUAUUGCUAACACCAAAUGGCCGCUUUGAAACCAACAAAAAGAUCUGCCUCAGUAUAUCUGGACAUCAUCCGGAAACAUGGCAACCUUCCUGGAGUAUUAGAACAGCUCUGUUGGCUUUGAUUGCUUUUAUGCCGACACCAGGAAAUGCAACAAUUGGUUCUUUGGAUUAUAAUAGGGAAGAAAGGCAAAAACUUGCAAAAAAAUCUUUAAGUUGGCAAUGUGAUACCUGUGGAAAAGUGGUUGACUUGUUAUCUAAAAGUUCGGUCAAGAAACCCAUCACAGAGGAAGAACAGACUAUGUUAGAUACAAUUGCUUUGAAGGCUGAUGAGUCACCUUCGUCAGAUACGUCUUUCACGGCCAAUACAGAUAGUAUUUUAGAAAACGAACUGAGGCAACGUAACGUCGAAACAACUUCUACGGAGAACCCAGAUCGACAGGAACCAGAUGUUAUAAUGAAUCAACAAGUAGAAACAAUGUCAUCUUCUAAUGAUUUGUUUUGGAGCAUUCUAAUUGCUUCUCUAGUGUCAGCGAUUAUUCUACUUGUUUUGCGACGACUAUUUCUCGUUUAAAUUAUUCUGAAUGUAACAAAAGUUAUAAUAUUGUAAGUAUGUUAACAAGACAAAGUAAAUUUUAUACACAUUUUAUGAACAACAUUUUUAAAACUUAAAAAAAAUAGUGUGAGAUUUAUAUACCGUAGAAACAUCUGAGUUCCAUGGAGACACAAUGUAUAAUUACACCGGUAUAUCCACUUUAGAACAUAUCUACCUUUCUCUUACACUGAACUGUCCACUUUAUUAAAAACAUCACACAUUUCUGUUGAAUCUGCAAGGAACGAGAAUUCGAUAUAAAUCAGUCUGUAUUGA